AUGUCCUCCACCAACACGGCAGCGCAUCAUGCAGUCCUCGUUCUUCUGAGCCGCGGCAUUGGUGACAGCUAUACCGCGCUACUCCUCAGCGGGAUGUUCCCCGAAGAUCACGCCAAAUUCGUGCGCAAGGUCACUUGGCUCCACGCGAGCCAAACCUGGAUUCAUCGGUGGGCUGCCGAUCGCCUUCCGCCCUGUCCACCACCAACCCGCUUGGUCCGCGAAAUCCCAGUCCUGGGGGACUUGGUGGGAGUGAACGGCUAUCGGGCCGACCCCGACAAGAUACGGGCCAUUUCGGAUUGGCUAUCCUCUCCUCCGUCAAGGACCUUCGUCGCUGGCUUGCCGCUGUUUCGUCUCCUCCUCAAAGAUGCCCCUUGGGUUUGGGAUUCCGAAUGCCAGUCAGCCUUCGAUGGCUUCAAGCACAACCUCCAAAGUGCUCCAAUCUUGGCGCUCCCGGACUUCGCCAAGCCCUUCUCCGUUGUCUGCGACGCCUCGCCCCGCCAGUUCCAUCAGACUGAGCGAGCGUACCCGGUUCACCACAUGGAGCUUCUCUCCAUGAACUAUGCCCUCACCAAGUUCCGAAUUUACCUUCUCGGAGCUAAACCAUUCGUGGUUUACACUGACCACGCGUCCCUCCGCACGGCGACCAACACGUCCCAUAUGUCGUAUCUCUCCAAGUGCACAUUCUCGGUCCAGUACAAGCCGGACAAGGACAACAUUCUGGCCGACGCCUUGUACCGGCGUCCCGAUCUCGAACUGACUACGAUCGGUCUUCUGCCGUCCGCGCACCAAGAUCAUGGCUUCUUCAUGGGCGCCUCUCCACCCCUGUCCAUACCCAAUGAACUUUGGUCGUCGGUCAGCAUGAAUUUUAUGAUUGGUUUACCGCGCGAUGCCCGCGGCAACACUGCGUCUCGGACGCCGCUCGCUCCUUCUUCGAUCAUGUUUCUUCGGUCUGGCCGCUCCAUCAUCUCGGACAGCGAUCCCCGGUUCACAGCGAAAUUUUGGAUGACCCUUUUCACCCUGUGCGACACCUCACUGGCCAUUUCGACCUCUGACCACCCCGAGUCCGACGGCCAAACGGAACGCGCAAACCGCAUCCUCGAAGACAUUCUUCGGAGCUGCCUUCAGCUAGCCCAGUCCCGCGGUUACACCCACCUUACGGUAUACGGGGAUAGUCAACUGCUCAUGCGUCAAAUGCAGGGUAUCUACCGUGUGAGUCAUCCCGGGCUCCGCGCCCAGUACCUCCAGGCCCACCGCCUAGCAGCUACAAUCCACUGUACAUGGUGCCACCGACCUCGGGAGGGCAAUCAAACAGCGGACUUUUUGUCCAAAUUGGCGCCGGAUGAGUGCGCGUCGUACACCUCCUUGGAUGGACCGGAGUCCGUUCCUCUACCAUCACGGCAGCUCACCCCACUAUAUGAUUUCCUGGACCUGGAUCUCGCCUUCAACCCUGGGUAG